AUGGCUUCAUUACAGACACAGCCGUCGGGCCUGAGCAGCCACGGAAAGCUCACCAAGUCGCGCAGCCGCAUCGUCGUCAAGCCCAUCCUCAAGCGGCUGCACCACGUCCACUCGCACUCGGAGCGCAACUCGCUGGACCUCAACCGCGGCUGGGACGACCAGCCCGUGGCGACGACCCCCGAGCUGGAGUACAGCUCCUUCGACUUUGGGUCGCGCGAUCUCGACGACCUGACCAGCGACCGCCGGCUGUAUUCCAACUACCCACCUGCGCCAGCUGUCGGCGCAAAGCUCACGCGCGACGUCAGCUUCACAGAUGUCGGCCCUGGAGCGCCUGGCCUGGGGCGCGCAAACACCUUCUCUUCCUCCCACGCGCGCACAACCAGCGGCAACUCGGUCACGGCGACUACCGCCACCCGCAUUGGAUCCUUUGUUCAUCCCUCAAGGCAGAUGCCCCGGACCUCGACGCCGCCUUUGAACUCAUAUGCCAAUUCCGUUGUGUCGCUUGACAACGGCCUGACUGGCCAGCAGCAGCGUGAUUUGACGGCUGCCAUCGCCGAGAGCGACAGCGGCGACAACGACGAGCUUGACUUUGAGGAGCCGCUGGCCUCGCCCACAUCUCUGCGACUCUCCCACUCAGAGUCGAACCCAAACGGCGCCACAGCCACCAAGAAACUCUCCUACUCUUCCAGCCUGCGUUCCAACUCACCUAACUCAAAACCAACAGCUGCCGGUCGCCCGUCUUUGUCUGGAAGCCAGCGCACCAGCUCAGAUGGUCCUUCAGUGAGGGCCACCACCACUCGCUCCAACUCGGGCCCUUCUGUACAACGUCUCACCCAAGGCGCUGUGAAUCACCAAUCCACUGCAAACGAGGGCCCCUCGGUACCAUUGCUCAUCUCUACUACCCAGCAAAAGACUGCCUCAAAUCCCAUCUGCUCCACUUCGCCCAUCUCCCCCUUCCGUACUUCUCUAGACAUGAAUGGUUUCCGCCUUCGCUCACGGAGCGAGAUGGACACAUCCACCCGCCAGGAGCAGGUCCGCGAGGCCCGUCGCAAGUUCGAGGCCAAGGAGAAGGAGAAGGAGGAAAAGUAUGCUCGGGAGCAGAUCCGCAAGCGGGAGCGCGCCGACGCCAAGGAAGCCCACAAGAACGAGCGGGCGCAGGCUCAAAAGCGAAAGACCAGCUUUGGACACACCAGCACCCUCUCCAGCGCGAGAAACUCGUCCAGCGUCCGCGAAAAGACCGAGUCUGAUCCGCUCAACGGAAGCCAGGCGCAAGAGGCGCAAUUCCAGGCCCCCUCCAGAAGCAAGUCGGCCAAGCGCAGGACAAACAGCCUCUGGACCGCCUUUAUGCUUUGGCUGAGAACCCGCCUUCUUAAGCUGGCCAGGCGAUAG